UGAGACAUCCACUGGGAGUGAUCGCGGGCGAGUCCAGAUUGAAUGGGAGUCUAUCGGGCUAAACGGCUAAUUAUGCCUCUUUCACCUGCUUGUCGUUGAAAUAUCGCAAAUUUUAUUGUAGAUUCCGCAAGUUCAAUAUAGAUUAUGGUUCAAAAGUCAAAUGAGAGCUGUUCAUCCAAGAUGGCCGACCUCUGGCAGAACGCCAUGGAUCACGCUGUCGCCCUCGCAAGAAGAGCUGGAGAGGUGGUGCGUGAGGCUCUGCAGGAUGACAGGAAGGUGAUGACGAAGAGUUCGUCGGUUGAUCUGGUGACACAAACCGACCAGAAGGUCGAGCAACUCAUCAUCCAAUCAGUGAAGGAGAAAUUCCCCACUCACAGCUUCAUAGGGGAGGAGUCUGUCGCUGCAGGUGAAGCUUGCGUCCUCACUGACAGUCCCACCUGGAUCAUCGACCCCAUCGAUGGGACGACCAACUUUGUUCACGCAUUCCCUUUUGUUGCUGUUUCCAUCGGAUUUUCUGUCAACAAACAGAUGGAGUUCGGGGUGGUUUACAGUUGUUUGGAAGAUAAGAUGUACACAGCGAGGAGAGGGAAGGGAGCGUUUUGUAACGGAGAGCCACUGCAGGUUUCUGAUCAGGAAGACAUUAAACAGUCCAUCAUCGCCACAGAGUUCGGAUCCAGCAGAGACCCUGAAGCUGUCGAGAAAAUCUUCUCGAGCCUGAAGAGUAUUCUCUGCAUCCCUGUACACGGGGUGCGUGGUGCAGGUACUGCAGCCAUCAACAUGUGUCAUGUGGCCUCAGGGUGUGUUGAAGCGUAUUAUGAGAUCGGGAUCCACGUUUGGGACGUCGCUGCCGGAUCCCUGGUUGUCUCAGAGGCUGGAGGAGUCCUGAUGGACGUGGAGGGAGGAGCGCUGGACCUGAUGUCCAGAAGGAUUGUUGCUGCCAACAACAGAAGCAUCGCCGAGAGGAUCGUUAAAGAGAUGGACGGCUUCAGUCCGGCCAGAGACGACGCCCCGCCAGCAGGCAGACCCUGAGCUCACGCACUGCAUUGUGGGUUCAACCACAGAUUUUAUGUUCGGGACACAUGUUUGUAGAAUAAAGUUUGUCAUGAA